CACCACCACCCCCCCAAAAUUGCUUUGGAAUUUUAUUGCCUUUUUCUCUUCUCCAAUGUUAGUUGCCUAUAGGAAACAGGUCUUUGAUGUUUUGGAGUCAUGCAACUGAAAGCUCGCAUCUCAAAAAUGACAACUUUACAUUUUGUUCCCUUUUCAGAAGGAACUACGAGAGCAAAAGGAAGUGGGAUUCAUUGUUUUUUAGUGAGUUUUAAUAUAUAAAAGCAAGGAAAAGCACAUCUACCAAAGACAAAGAAAUUAUUCUCAAAUAAUUAGUCUCAAGUAUUUGUCUGAGUGUUUGCAUAUUUAGUUAAAUUGUUUUUUCAGAAGCAUUUUAAAUUAAAAACUUUUUAAAUUUUGUUAUGAGCUAAUCCAUGACACUCUAAACUGGGCAAAUUAUCAGGUUUUACCAUCACUAUUGAAGAGGAUAUAUUUGCUUUUCAAAUGAUUUGCAAUAGCCCCAUAAGAAACUACAUGCCUUGUUUUUCCACUAAGCAUGCUCUAGGAUCCAGAGCAUGAUGUAGCAUGAGCCAGGACUGGUAGGUCACAAAAUGAGGGCAAGGACUGAAAGGAAAAAUUUCUGCUACCCUGUUUCUGGUCUGGAUGGAUAAUGGCUUUAGGUAUGACAAACAUAAUUUAUAUUUUUUUCAGAAAAAUUAACAUGAUUUAAAAAACUGUAGCAAUGACAGUUUUUAAAUUUACAUAUAUAAUGUAAAUUUGAGCUUUGUGCUGGGAAUGCUGCUGUGAAGUAGACCAAGUGUGAUUUUCUGUGACAAUCUAACUGUGCUAGAAUUUUAGACUAGAUGACUCAAAGCUGCCCUGCUAAAAAUAAAGCAGGUUUCUGUUUUAAAAUCUAAGCUGUACAUAUACAGAAUAUGCAAAAAAAAAAAAAAAAAAAAGGCAAGCUUAUAUGUAUGACAGGUUUUUGGUGGUAUGUUAUUUAACUCUGACAUACAGUUCAAAGGUUUAAAGAUAUUGAGAACUAAAGUACUUCAAAGAAAAGGUAACUGAACUGGUCUUAGGAAGCUACCUGUCCAAGAGACCCCUAUGUCAACAGCUCUUUUAUUUUUUACAAAUAAAAGAAGCUGAAUGCAGCAACUGGGGAGGCAGCAGAAGCUUCACUUCCAGGUUUCCUUUCGUUAAAUACUGUGGCGAAGUUAAGUUUUAAAAUAAAUUUAAAGGUUAAUAAUUAAAUUCCAAACCAGCUUCGCUUACCAAAUAGAGAAUGCCAUGGCAUGCGGUAUUAAAAAUAUUGAGGUAUAGUAGUUGAGUUUGUUCCAAGUCAAAUAAGCAAAAACAUGUAUCAGCUAAUUAUUUUUAAAUUGCAACAUGAUGGAGUGAGAUGAUGUUUUGGGUUCUUGGUUUUUCUUUUAGAUCCUCUAAUUUUUCUCAUCCAUUCUUUGAAACAUAUUAAUGAACUGUUUUGAUAGUCCUAUUAAGUGGAUGAUCCAGAGCCCUUACAAAGCUGCAACUUUCUUUGGGUGCAUUGGCAAAGAUAAAUUCGGAGAGAUCUUAAAGAAGAAGGCUGAGGAAGCUCAUGUGGAUGCCCAUUACUAUGAGCAGAGUGAAGAACCAACAGGAACCUGUGCUGCCUGCAUCACUAGUGAUAACAGCUUCCAGUUGCUCUGGAGAGAGAAAAAAUGUGGGAGACAAAAGUUGGUUAACAGGUCUCUUGUAGCUAACCUUGCUGCUGCUAAUUGCUAUAAGAAGGAAAAGCAUCUCGAUUUGGAGAAAAACUGGAAGUUGGUGGAAAAGGCCAAAGUUUAUUAUAUAGCAGGAUUCUUCCUGACGGUGUCACCAGAGGCAGUAUUAAAAGUGGCUGCUCAGGCUUCUGCAAACAACAAGAUCUUCAGCUUGAAUCUUUCUGCACCAUUUAUUAGCCAGUUCUACAAGGAGCCUAUGAUGAAAGUCAUGCCUUAUGUUGAUGUCCUUUUUGGAAAUGAGACGGAAGCUGCCACUUUUGCUAGAGAGCAAGGCUUUGAGACUGAAGAUAUUAAAGAGAUAGCCCGCAAGACACAAGCCCUGCCAAAGGUGAACACUAAAAGGCAACGAAUCGUAGUCUUUACCCAGGGGAAAGAUGACACUGUAAUGGCUACAGAAAAUGAAGUGACUACUUUCCCUGUGUUGGUGAGUGAUCAGAGUGAAAUUGUGGAUACCAAUGGAGCUGGAGAUGCGUUUGUUGGAGGCUUUCUCUCACAGCUCGUCUAUGACCGGCCAGUGACUGAGUGCAUCCGGGCUGGACAUUAUGCAGCCAGCGUAAUUAUCAAGCGUUCAGGUUGCACCUUCCCAGAGAAGCCUGACUUCCACUGAUACCGGUGAAUUGGAGGGAUCAAGAGUAACUCCCACGUUGCCAUGGGAUUGCUGCCUAAAUUUUUCCUCCUUCCCUUUCCUCACCUUUCCAAUUACCUGCAUCAACGCUUCUGUACUUCUGUUCAUUGUAUUCUAACCAAAAUAUAUAUUUCUACGGUGUUUUCCUUUUCAUACCACUACAGUGUCUCAGUAGUCUUAACUUUUGGAAACAGUGCUAAGUGAAGCUUAUUCUCUCAUCCGUCAGGAAGAAGUGUUCUAUCUACACAGUUUAUAAGGAAGUCCCUCGUAAAUGACACUGCUGAUUAACACCAUUAAAAUACUGUGGUUGAAUUACUUAGUUUGUAUCCAGCUGUGGCCAAAUCCUACUCAGCUUACAUGAUAUCAACAGACCUGACUUUGUUUGUCAUUAACGUUAUAAACAAAGAAUUGUUAUUUCUAUAUAGUGGAGUCAGACUAGUGUAAAGAGCAGUGUAAAUGUCUCAAGAAUUUCCUUACAUAUUCAAAUGUACAAGAUCUGGUCAUCAGGUCCAGCCCAGCAUCCAUGAAAGUGAAUAGCUAUUUUGUCGGUAAUUUAAGGACCUGAUCCAGAGCUGAUGUCAUGCAUUCAGUUGUCUUGCACUGCUGCCAGUAGCUUUGGGUCUGGCACGUGAGAGCAGGGUCUGGCCACCCCAGGUACAGUCACAUUCAUCUGUCAGGUGAGCUAACAGAUAGGUACUUUCAGUGAUUUCAGGGCAGAUGUAUGAGUUGGUGAUGAACAUAAACACACAUAUAGAUCCUAUCUCCUCCAUGUGAGCUUUCUAGAGGCUGUAUUAAGGUACACAUAGUGAAAAUGAGGUACAGAAAUAUUUAUGCAGGAUAUAUUGACAGGAUAUGCCAAAUGGAAUCUCUGAAACGCACAUUUUUAAACUUUUAAUUUACUUUGGAUAAUUAAGCAAUAUGGUGGAUUUUGUUUGUAUUUACAGUAUUCAAAGAGAUGAUCUGACACUGCAUUCAUUACUUUGCUAUGUAAUUUGAUACUGAUAAAUAAAAAAUUGUCAUACAGUAA